AUGUUGUCUUCAGAAUCGAGUUACGGUAGUGAUGUUAGCGACGAUGGUAUUGCCACCGAGUUGAUGGAGCAAGCGACGUACAAAUGCAAGUAUUGUCCGAAGACUUACUCCAAAGGACAAGCAUUGGGUGGUCACCAAAAUGUUCACAAGAGGGAGAGAGAGAUCACCAAAAGACAAGAACGUGCUAUGUUGGUGAGUAUGAACCCGCCCGAUCCAUAUCCGUACCCACAUCCGUUUCCUAGCCAGUACGCACUCCCAUCAGGAUUUGAACAGCCUCGUUACAUUAUUGAUGAACCAGAUAAUCUACAUGUGGUCUACAACUCAAGUCAAAACCCAUACCAAUCCGUCAUGGCUCAACCCCACACUCAAUCAUUAUUGCCAGCAUCGUCACCCGUUUGCUUAAAACUUUGUCUAGGUGUUGGAAGUAGCUCACAAGACCAAACGCAAACCAAAGAACCAAACGAUGCGACAAAAGAUAUGGCUGCUGAGAAAGAAGAUCAUGAACUUUCCCUUUCUCUCUCACUCAAGCUGUGA